UACAACACUACUGUACAUCAUCCCUCAAAUCAACAAAUUAAACCAAAAACGCUACCAAAACUGAGAGAGAGAGAGAAAUCAUUUGAUGAAUUGAAGAAUGGUGAGAGCUCCUUGCUGUGAGAAGAUUGGACUGAAGAAAGGACCCUGGAGCCCUGAAGAAGACAAGAUUUUGGUGGAUCAUAUUCGGAAACAUGGCCAUGCAAAUUGGCGGGCACUCCCCAAACAAGCUGGUUUGCUGAGAUGUGGGAAGAGUUGCAGACUGCGGUGGACGAACUAUUUGAGGCCGGACGUAAAGAGGGGAAAUUUCAGCAAAGAAGAAGAAGAAACCAUCAUCAACUUGCAUGAAAUGCUUGGAAAUAGGUGGUCUGAAAUUGCAGCAAGUUUACCUGGACGAACAGACAAUGAAAUAAAAAAUGUCUGGCAUAGCUGCCUGAAGAAAAGGCUCAAAGAUGACAACAACUCUUGUCAAGAUGACAAGGAACUCUCAACUUCUGAAAAUCCGAAAUCCGACCCCAAAGUUUUAGAAAAUUCCAAUUCCAGCACUUCAGAGCAAGCUGUUUCUAGCCCACAAGGCCCCAAGGUUUGGACAAAUUCCAAUUUCAGUACCUCAGAAAGUGAAAAUGAGCAUUGGUUGGAGUAUUUCCCUCAGAUGGAUGAAAGUUUGUGGUGGGAUUUAGAAUUGCAAUUGGAAGAAAGCAACAAAUUCCAGUUCCAAUUUUCAUUACCGAAGGAAUCACAGAUUGAUGAGUUUUGGUACAAUCUUUACAUUGGAGCUGGAGAAAUGACAAAGUUACCAGAGUUUUGACCCCGCCUACCUUUUUAUUAUUAUUGUUCAUCACUUCAUAUAUUUUUUUAGGUUGCAUUUCAAUUCAACAAAUUCCUUUGACAUGUUUGGAUAAUUUUAAAUAAGUUAAAUACAAU